UUUACUUCCUCUUUGAUAACCUUCAAGACUCUUAUGAGACACGGACCAACAAAAUGGCUCAGCCUACAAUCACAAGAGCAUCAAACAGGAGCCAGUUUUCACUGCGUCAAUUUGAAAAUGAUGUGUUGAACUUGGCGUCUACGGUUCACGAAUUUCGUAAUAAGUUAAAGAAAUUGUACAAGAACAUAUCUGCAAAGGAUGUACAGCUUUUUGUAGAAUACUGCACUGACGCUAUCGACAGCUUUGAGCAUUAUCGGCGGCCCUACAUACCAGAAGAACCAGUUCGACCCAACACAGACAAGACUUCGCAGACCAUCAUUGAACGACUGGAGAGGCAAAACCAGAAGUUAGAUUCUGAGUUGAGUGAGGCGAUCCAGGCGAAGGAUCGAGCGCUAAAUAGAUUGGGCGAGUUACAAACACGGGUGCUGCAGCAAGACACAACGGAGAUACCGUUCCUCUCUGACGAAAACCGCCCGACAAACCUUGGAAUGAAAUUCAAAGAGUUGUUUGAGGACGAGUGGACAAACGCCUUCAGCAUUCUUACUGCCAGUAAAGGCUUGAAAGACGAUGAAGGGAUUGAAAUACUGCUCAAAUUGCUAAAGGACAGUAACUUCCUCUGUAAGGAGGCGUCGGCUAACAUGAGGUCAAGUAUUGAGAGGAUCGUGACACAUCCGACCUACCUCACCCAAACAACCCGUGGGACUGAGGCGACAGAUGAUGAAUCGGGACCUACUCUUAGUGCACCUGCCUGGUCCCGGGGUGGAGGUGACCCCAAGGUCGGCCAGUCACAUGUUUCUCGAGAAGCUGUCAAGCAAAACCUCGCUGGGGAUCUUUCGACAAAGGCCGUGGAUCAGAAACAACAAUUACAUCUUCAGCAGCAGCAAGAACAAAAGAAACAAAAACAACAGGAACAUGAUGGACACGAUGGAAUGCGCAAGGGAGCAGGGAUCAGAUCUACGUUAGAAAAUCCCAUUCGAGAUUUUUGCAAAUAUUCUGCGGAUGAAGUGCUAAAAAACGUUGAUUUAGAGUCAAUUGUUUGGAAAAUCAUCCGGGACCUUAAGUUUCAAAAGGCCCUUCUGAAUCACAAGGAUAUAACCAACUUCGUGGUCCAAUGUCUGCGGCUAUGUUGGUUGAUGCAGGCCCAGUACCCGCCUAUGGUGUUGGAUUUCUCCUUCCGGUCCGGUGAUGUCUUCAACACGGACGCACUGGCCGCCUACUCCACGCGCGGUCCCACCAUCGCGUACAUGGUCUGGCCUCCGCUGCGCUUACACAUGGACGGGCCUCUCGUCUGUAAAGGAUACGCAGAGGGGUUAAAGAAAUAGACAUAAAACCAUUGGCGUGCCCUUCCCAUUUUUGAAAGAUUUUUGUUUUUACGAAAUCACCAAAGCUUCUGCUCGUGUAUUAUUUAUCAACCAUUAUGUAUUUGACGUGAUACCGGGACAAUCGUAGUACGAAUGCUUGACAACUGACAGAAAUAUAUGCCAAAAAUCGUCCAAUAUCGACCGAAGUCGCCCAAUACGAGUUUCUGCCGUUUGACUACUAAACUCGCCAAACGGGAUCAGAGGAACGGACCAUUUUCGUUGGCUGUUGAAACUCUCCCUAAUAUGAGAAUGCUGUAAAUUAGUUUAAAAGGGCAGCCAUUUUGUUUUCCGUUUUACCGACGGUUUUGAAAAGUGUGUGCCUAGUUUAAAACAUAUCUGGAGUUACUAGCCUUUUAAAUGAUUCUGCCACUUUGUACCGUUUGAUGUUACAGUUGUAUUUAACCUGUUAGUGGAUUUUAUGCCUAUUAUUAUAAUUUUGGAAACCGGCAAAAUGGACGACGAAAGUGAAAACAAUUUUGAGCUUUUGGCAAACGAUUUACGAAAUAAUCACGAUAAGAUAUGCUUCCUUAGACUGUACACUGCAAUCGAUAUUUUUAUAAGUCAGUGCAAUGUCAUUAUUAAUGAUGCAUGUCAAAAUCAGCAAGCUCUAGUCUGGAAAAGCAGAAACCAUAAAAGAAGAACGGAAAUAAUCUUCAAUAAUAAAGUAAGGUAUUAUAAUGUUUUAUCCAAAUAUCGUAGCAUACUUAAUAGUUCACUAAUAAAAUUAUUAGCUUA